UUAACCUGUCUUCUAAUUUUCACUCUGGAUAGCGAAAAGGAAAAGGGAUCUCUUCAAGUCUCUAUUGAGGAUCGGCUCCUCUUAUCUACCUCUUGAUAAUAAUUGAAGCCCUUCUCUGCCUUUAAAAUCGUCCUAGAAACUUGGUAACCAGCGUAGCGAGAGAGAGUGAGAGAGCGACUAUGUCACCAUCUUACUGUAUCAAGGAGAAGAAGCCCUGUGUCGGAUGGGUUGACAAGUACUUUGGGGACUGUCUGUGCAGUCUCAGAGACGAGUUCUCCUUUGGGUUUGGUCUUAUCAGUUUGGUUUGUUGGGGAGUUGCAGAAAUCCCUCAGAUAAUCACCAACUUCCGCACAAAAUCUAGCCAUGGCGUCUCUCUUGCAUUUCUGCUCACUUGGAUCGCCGGCGACGUUUUCAAUUUGGUUGGUUGCCUUCUCGAACCAGCAACACUGCCCACCCAGUAUUACACAGCUCUGCUAUACACCACGAGUACUGUAGUACUAGUGUUGCAGAGCGUGUACUAUGAUGACAUCUAUCCAUGGUGGAAGUACGGACAGAUCAACUCUAAUCAAGUGGUUGAAGAAGAGAGAAAACCUCUGAAACCUAAAGCUGGUGGGUCAGGGAUUCCCAUACCCAAUACUCCAGUCAAAGCAGGAUCCGCUCUUCGGGAUUAUUACUAUACGUCAGCGAGGUCACUGGCAGGAAGCACUACUCCACCAUUUCGAUCUUAUCUCAGGACGGCUCGAAGUGGUCCUUCGACUGUGGGGCUUGACAACGACUCAUCAUCUGAUGAUGACACAACCCACGUUGCAUCCCAUAAGACUGUUAGCAAGCCUAAGCCAAUCCCACGGUCGGCAGGCUAUGGGGCAUAUUUAGCUACGUCCGUCAAUUUGCCUCGGCAAAGUAAAGCUAUGAUGGAAGUGUCCCUUGGCUUUACAGGGAGAAAACUCUUACACCAGGAAAGUGGGAUGGAGAACAGUGCCUUCGGGCAAUGGCUAGGAUGGUUGAUGGCUGCUAUAUACAUGGGCGGUCGACUCCCUCAGAUAUGGCUAAAUAUUAAAAGGGGGAGUGUGGAGGGCUUGAAUCCUCUCAUGUUCGUUUUUGCACUCAUUGCCAAUGUAACUUAUGUGGCAAGUAUUCUUGUAAGAACCACCGAAUGGGAAAAAAUUAAAGCUAAUAUGCCCUGGUUGCUGGAUGCUGCAGUUUGUGUGAUGCUUGACUUAUUUAUUAUAUUGCAGUACAUAUAUUAUAAGUACCUCCGAAAGAAAAUUUCAAGUGCUGGAGAAGACCUGGGAGAUUAUAUUGCGGCAAAUAAAGCAGUUGUGUCUUGACUGCUUACUAUAUUUGAUAUUUGGGUCUUUGCUAUUUACCCUGUCAAUAUCGUUUGUGUACUAUCUGCUCUGUUUUGGGGGAAAGCUUAGAGUUGCGAUGAGUCUCCACUGCAUUCACCUCAUGAAAAGGUCCCUUCACAAUUAGGCAGUAGGUGGGCGUUGGGUGAAUGACGGCAAGUUUAUAUGGUAUUGAUCUUUUCUUAUUAUUGUCAACUUCUAGUAUGUAUUUCUUAAUGGAAUUGGUUAUGAAAAAUCAAGUAGAGACAUAGAAUGUCUGAAAAGUUGGUUGAAAGAGCUAGUGAUAUUAUGCUUUGCUUGUAACUAUACCACGAGAAUUAAUCAUUGUACCUUUCCAGACA